UUAGUUUCCGUUUAUUUCCCAGGCGACCUGAACUAAUCGCGGCAGCCAGGAGACCCGGAAAACUUCUACAUUCACGCCCAAACAGUAUCCACACACGUUUAUUGAAAACUCUCUGAUUCAUAAACAACAUGAAUUCUGUCCUGCGCUUCGUCGGACUGCUGUUGACAAUUCCCUUCGAUGGUUUCGCCGGUCAGACGGAGGACAAGACGCAGGAGGAGGGACAGACACCGACCACGCUACAUCUUGCAGACCAGAUGUUGGAACCUCAGCUUGGACAGAAUAUCACUCUGCCGUGUGAAGUUCCCAGCAAUGCCAAUAUCAUAGCUGUUAAUUGGACCAAAACUGACCUGGGAUCACAAAAUGUCAUCUUUUACCGGGAUGGGCAGCCUGACAUAGACAACCAGCAUCAAUCCUUUGAGAACCGCGUGCAGCUGGACAAUGAGCCGAGGGGCGGAAACCUAUCUUUGGUUCUGAAGAAUGUGAGCAGCAGCGACUAUGGGAUAUAUGAGUGCAGCUAUAAAGAGAGCAAAGGGGAAGAUAUUAUUACGUCCAAACCCAUCUGCAUCGUCAUCCUAAAGGAACCAUGGUGGCCGGAGUUAGUUUUCUGUGCGUUUGGUCCUUUUGGUGGUGGUGGUGGUGUUGGUGUUGAAGGUGUUGUUGGUGUUGAAGGUGUUGUUGUUGUUGUUGGUGUUGUUGGUGUUGUUUGUGUUGUUGGUGUUGUUGUUUGUGUCUUUGGUUAUACAUUUUUCAAGAUGCGUAAAAGGUGUAAAGAGAAGAAUUCAGACCUGCCUGUUUCUUACACAGCAGGUAAACAGCAGCUUCUUCGGCGGUUCCCCUCAAUAACUGACCGGGACAAGCUUCCGUCUAGGGUUUAAUAUUUUUCCCGAAAAUUAGUUGAAUCAGAUCCUGGGAAAAGACGACCCAUUUCCCGGGAAAAGUAAUGUAUCGAUAUCAUUCAAAUAUGCGCUCCCAAAUCCCAAACUGACAUUUUUUUUUACAUUAUUUGUAUCAUUAUUAGGGCUAAAUCCAUUCUGAGGCUGUUGAGAUUUGUAAGCGGCUGGAAAUGGGAAUAUUCACUGAGAAAAAAAAAAAAAAAAAAAAGCCUUAACCCUCAUAUACACUCCUAAUAUCAGCAUUGCAUUGAACUCGUACCAACUUAGGCUACAUAUUUCUUUUAGUUCACAAUGCAUUUUCACCCUACCUUCUUUCAUUUUCUUCUGGAGGUGUUCUUUCAAGAAGCAGAGAGCGUCGAUAGACUCUGCACUCAGGCGGUUUGGGAUUUUCUUGACAAAUUGUCCGCAGAUAGAAAUCGCUUUCUCCGCCUUCACUGAAUAGUACUAAGAGCUUCAAACAACUGUUGCAGGUGAAUGAGGUUAGUGAGCCUGUAUUACCGUAGCUGUAUUACCGUAGGCCAGGCAGCAUGACGGAGACAACAGCAGGACAGAGAACACUACAGGAGGGCUUUCACCGGCGACCCGAUAGCUGCUGGUUAGUAAAUACGCAGGAACACCAAAAGCGUGAGGAAGCGUGGGUUAAUAUGUGCGUUGAUACUGGGAGGUCUACACAACUGUGGGAGUCGAUUGACUUCAAAAAGUUCGCCACUUUACUCGAACCAAAGUUCAAAACACCUGAUCAUGUAUGUCUUCUUUAGUCUGUUGGCUAUUUAGCUUUUUUCCUGGAACACGUCACUUACACAUUUUGCACUUACUGCUGCGUCUUGUGUAGACUGUUUACAUAUUUUGUGCUCAUCAUCAUAUGUA